CACUGAGGUAGUUCUAAAAAAGGCAAUUUUUUGAUUGGAUGUAUAUCUUUCAAGUAUAAGUGCAGACAUGUAAUAGUAAAAGAAAAAAAAAGUCUUUUUUCUUAGCCCUUCCCCUAUCUAUGGUAUCCAAUCACAGCCCGCAUGGAAGUUGUGCUACAGUACGAUUGUUACGAAUACGCCUUUAUUCUAUGCUUGAGAACCUGUCUAUGUUCGUACUGUACCUUGUAUGCAUUGUCAUUUCUUCAUACUAAAAAAGAAAGCAACUUUAGUACUCUAAAGAUGCCAAGUACUUUCUGCUUUAGACAGACAUCUCGUAUAAACAGUAUAUCCUACUAGCUAUCAUCUCUGUCUCUUCUCAAGUACUCUAUAGGGUGGCAAGUGAUAGCUUUCUUGCCUUGAAUAGAGAAAACGCAUUUAUGCAUUAUCCAACGAUUUCAAGUCACAAAGUCAUUUUUUCCAUUUUUUCUGUCUCUCUUUUACAAUAGCAUGCCAACUGAAUCAUGGGAUAAACAACUUUCUGCUUUUUUCAAGUGCAUUGGCCUUGUAGAAACAAGUGAGUGCCUUGAAUCAGAACUUGUAGUAUUGUCACAUGAACAACUAGAGAAACUACCGGAUGCACUGGAGUCGCUUGUUGAAAGACUAUUGGAAUCCCUUGAGAAACACGUCGAUGCAAAAGAACAAGUGGUAGACAAACCAGAAAAGAUCCAUGAAGACCUACUUGUCACAAAACGAAAACGCCCAAAAGACGCUCAAGAGCGAGAAAAAGUACUUGAGGAAGAAGAAAAAGAACGCACAAAACGAUUGAAUAGUGAACAAAUACAGAUCAGAGCCACUUCCAGUGAAGUAGAGCAACGCAUCAACACAUUCAUUCAAGUGAAACGCAAUGAACUAGACGAGAGUAACCGUACAGAGUUUCUGAGUCGACAUGAUCCUACGGCUGAUGAUAUCACUUGUGCUCGAACUGAUGCGCGAGAGAUCAAUCGUAAUAUUCAAAUGAAGUUUGACAUUGUGAAUAACGAAGAUGGACCACUGGCUCGUUCUCUUCAGACAUUUCACGACCAUAAAGCCAAUGCAGUGCCAUCCGACAAGAACAUCCAAACAGGGGCUGAUGCCACAGAGCGACUACAGAACAUACAAGACCAUUUAAAUGUCAAGAUUGAUUCGAUAGCUGAACCACCCUUUUCGUUAUUUGAGAGAAUCAAAAUCUUGGAGAACACACUGAUGGACAUUGAAAGACGAUAUCCCAAAUGGGCUGCAGUCCAUUUCAAUCAAUCCAACCGUGCUUUCCCUCCUCCUCCUCCAGUGACUUAUAUCACUCGACCACCAGAACAAGAGAAUGGCUAUGCUUCAACACAGAUCAAUACAGCACCACCUCAACAACGUAGCUUAAAGGCGCACGGACGAGCCAAUUCAUCACUCACAAGAGCAGUCAUUGAUCAAUUAAAUAGACAGGUACCAUUUACAAUUGAACCUCAUCCUUAAAUAAAUAAAAAAAAA